UGAUCUGCUAUGGUAAUAUAACCCAAAAUGUGAUGUCCACACAUCUGGAUGCCAGAUCUUAAGAAGUUAAACUAAAGAAACAAAAAACUGUGGGGAUGAUUUGAUUUCACAUGAUGACAAUACUGUGUUUUCUAACAUUUAUUUCAAUUUAGACAUCAUACUUAAAGUGCUUCUGCUGUGACUCAGAUGAUCUUUUAAAAGAGAAGGCGUAAUUUCCUGAUGAUCUAUCUUGUGAAACUCGCCUUUUGUGUGUAGCAACAGACAUCAAGGAUGUGGGACCAGAUGCCUUCUGAGAGAACAAUGAGUUCUUUUGUGCUGCUUGGAUUCAUUUUCACCAUUUCUCUAACAUGGGCAACUGGACCGGAUGGAGCUGAUGAUCUGCUUAUUUUUGCUGCUGGGCAGAAAAGCAUAAAUAUUCCAUGUGCUUUACCUUCCAAAAACUCCUGUUCCUCCAUUAACUGGAGCAUGGGAGAUAGGCCUCUGUUUGGCACCGAGGUGGUGAAAGCUGGAAAAGUACAAAUUACAAAAAACGGCAAGUACCGCAUACAGAAGGACUGCUCUUUGGAGAUUGCUCAUGUCCUACCAGGUGAUGCACAACUAUACACGUGCAGUGACGGUGUGGGUAAUGCAACCACUUCCCUCCGGUUUCCUGAAAUUAAAGAGCAGUCAGGAGAUGCAGAGAAGAGAUUGGAGCUUCAGUGUUACCUUAACACACGUUCAGGAUUUAAACCCUGCGGUAUCAACUCAGAUGUACACAUCAGGUGGACGACUCUGGACAACACGCCUCUAAAAGGAAAAAGGUUUAGCGUCCAAAAUUGCUCUGCUUGUUUCUCAAAACUGUUUAUCACAAAAAAAACGACAGAUCAUCACAGAACGUGGAAAUGCCAGGUUGUCCAGAACGGCCAAGUCAAAGCCACCGCCAGUUAUACAUCCACGAUAGAAGGUGGUUUGGAAGAAGUGUUUGCUGCAGUGGGGGAGUCAGUGUCACUUCCAUGCAGCAGCAAUCUCUCUUUCAGUUCCACAAGCAACAUAAAGUGGACUGUGAAUGACAAGCCCCUGAUCAAUGCGUCACUCCAAAGCGCUCACAACACCUUUCAGAUCAACAAAGACUCAUCGUUGCUCAUCAAUAAAGUAGGUUCUCUUCAUGCUGGAAACUACCAGUGCUCAGAGUCCAGCAGUCCUCCAAAGGUGCUAAACAGAAUCAGGCUGCACACCCUUGAUGUUACAGAAGACUUUGAGCCAGAGGACAAAAAUUUUAAUCUGACAUGUAUUCUCACCUGUGCCGAAAACUGUGAAGCAGAUUUUAAUUUAACUUGGUCUGAGAGAAACCAAGACGGCCUGCAGAGCAGACUAACCACUGCGGGUAACACCCUCACAAAGACGCUCCUUUUUCCCUUUCAGCCAUCGAGUUCACAGGAAAUACUUUGCUCUGUGCACAGAGAAGGGGCACUGAUGACGUCAAAGAAAUGGCCCUCUGUUCACCCUCUGCAAACACUGCCCUGGUUAGGCCUUCCUCUGGGACUUGCAGUGUGCACGGCUGUAACAGUCUAUGUGUGCAUGAAGAGAAAGCAGAAGACGGAUGCAGCAGAGGAUUUGCCAACUGUUGAAAUGGGCCCUGUUUAUGAAAUUAUUCAGGAUGAGGAGCCACAGAGACAUUUCAAACGUGAAGCAGACCACACAACGUAUGACUUAUUACAGCCUGUGGACUAAGCCGAUCAUCUUCUGAUCCAUUGUGAAAAUGUUCCCAGUUUAAUUAUGAUUAUGCCGUUUUUAGCCAAAAUCCAAAAACCUGUGUCGUUUUCCAGGACAUAGU